UAAACAAAAAAAAAAAUCUAAUCAUGACAUCACUUACGUGAGAAAGAAACCGCAUCCAGUGAAUAAAUCUUACUGGUUAACAUGUUUACACAAUCAAAAUGUAAGGCUUGGAGUGUUUUCUUUUAAUGUUUUAGCGACUUGUCAACACCAUUUUUAUGGAAGACACCAUGCUAGUUAUACGUCAUUUAGUUUGACUAAGAUAUAUAGAUUGUUGUUGUGUAGUUGAUCAUUAAACAAGGCCUCUGACAUUGUUCUCCGGCAAAUUAAGGCCCCUCUCAGAUUUCUGUCAUGCCUCUUUCUCUUGUUCCUCUUUCUCUUGUUCCACUUUCUUCUUCUCUCAUAAACACCCUUUUCUUCUUCUCGCUCUUAUUCCCAACUUAUGCAUCUAGUGAUGCUGAACAGUACGCAGCAUGUGAGCCUUUUAGCUGUGGGAAAUUCAACAAUAUUAGUUACCCAUUUUGGAGUAAGGACCAGCCAGGCUACUGUGGCCAUCCAAAGUUCAAGCUUGAUUGCCAACAAGACAACGCGACAAUUGACAUCAUGUCACAGACAUUCCAAGUCAUUGACAUGAAUAAUAAAUCUAAGGUUUUGAAGAUUGCAAGGUUGGAUUUAUUGGCCGACCCUUGUACUAAAGAUUAUGUGAAUGUGAAGUUGGAUCCUGAGUUCUUUAACUACACUUCUAACGAUGAUGAUUACACUUUGUUAUAUGACUGCCCUUCUCUUGGAUAUACGUCUGGUAGUGUGAAUAUUGGAGGAGCAAUCGUAUUUAAUUGCUCCAUUGGUGGUCAAAAUGCAUUUUUUGUGAAGAAUACUGAAGUGGUUAAUUUCAUUAGUCUGGGGUGCAAGAACAGCAUCAAUGUUUCUGUUCUAAGAGAGGCUGUGAAGAGUGAUUCGGUUGUGGGAAAUGUUUUAGCAAGGGGAUUUGAGGUUGGAUGGAGUGGUGUGAACGAAGAUGAAUGUGAUGGUUGCACAAAAACUAGUGGGAGAUGUGGAUACAAUUCAUCUACGAGUGGAUUUAUCUGUCUCUGCCCAAAUCAGCAAUCAGAUGCUGAGAUUUGCAAACAAAUCAUAGCAAGGUCUCCAGAACCAACACCCAGAGUAACACCAGCAAAAUCACAGUCACCCCCUUACUCUCAAACAUUUCCAGAACAGUCUCCAGAGUCUCCACGUGCUCCGACAGAAGGAAUAAAUUGGAAAGCGAAAAUCACUAUAGGUGUUUGUUCUGGUGUAGUGGGAGCACUUAUAGUGGGCAUUUGCGUCUAUAUUUUUAUUCGUAGAAGGAAGAACAGUUAUGUAAUGUCAUAUAUACAAUCUCGGAGCCUCUCUUCUGAUCCAUCUUCAAAAGACACGGAGAAGGGAAGUCACAGCUUCACUCAAAGCAUUAUACCUAGAGUUCAUCUCUUCUCCUAUGAAGAACUGGAAGAGGCCACGAAUUACUUUGACCCAUCUAAAGAACUAGGAGAAGGGGGCUUUGGGACAGUGUAUUUUGGCAAACUGCGAGAUGGGCGUUCUGUUGCAGUGAAGAGGUUGUAUGAGAACAACUACAGGAGAGUUGCACAGUUCAUGAAUGAAAUCAGAAUCCUAACUGGUAUAGCUCAUCCAAAUCUUGUGAAGUUAUACGGAUGCACCUCUCGCCACAGUCGUGAACUUCUGCUUGUAUAUGAGUACAUUCCUAAUGGAACUGUUGCAGACCAUCUUCAUGGUCAACGAUCUAAACCUGGAACACUCCCCUGGCAUAUCAGAAUGAAUAUUGCCGUCGAAACAGCAAGUGCACUGAAAUUUCUUCAUCUCAGAGAUAUCAUCCACAGAGAUGUUAAAACCAACAAUAUUCUUCUUGACAGCAACUUCCGUGUCAAAGUGGCAGAUUUUGGACUCUCGCGUCUUUUCCCAGAACUUGUGACCCAUGUUUCAACAGCUCCACAAGGGACUCCAGGUUAUGUGGAUCCAGAGUACCACGAGUGUUACCAGCUUACUAACAAAAGUGAUGUCUAUAGUUUUGGAGUGGUGCUGGUUGAACUGAUAUCAUCCCUGCCUGCUGUUGACAUCACAAGGCAUAGACAUGAAAUCAAUUUGGCCAACAUGGCCAUUAACAAGAUUCACAAUCAGACACUGCAAGAGCUUGUGGACCCAAACCUUGGUUUUGAAUCAGAUUUCAAGGUAAGGAAAAUGAUAAGUGGUGUGGCUGAGUUAGCAUUUCAGUGCUUGCAGAGUUCGAAAGAGAUGAGACCUUCAAUGGAAGAAGUGUUGGAGACUCUGAAGGAUAUACAGAGUGAUGGAAAGAGCAAAAGCCAGCCUGAGGUAAUGGAUAUCUCAAGCACAUCUGAUGAUGUUGUGUUGCUGAAGGAUGAUCCUCCUCCACCGUCACCUGAUUCUAAUGCUAUAAGCAAGACAACAACACCAAAUACUAGUGGAUGAGAGGACCUUCUUUCUCACUUUCAUCUGAAUAACCUUGUCCAAAUUUAUGUCAGCAGAGUUAGUAUCACACUGGCAGCAUCCACCUGUUACAACCUUCAUUUUGUCAUCUUCUAAUGAGGAUAAGUUUUAAGAUUGAGAUGUAAAUAUAGAUUGCAAAGCUGCUUUGGGUAUGAAAUUUCAUCUUUUUUUAAUAAAUAUAGCUAUAUAUAAUUAAA